GGGCGGGGCGCCCUCUGGCGGCCGAGCGCCGCGCGCCGCCGGAGACCGAGCCCUAGCCGGAUCCCGGAGCCGGAGCCGGAGCGGAGCGGAGCCGGGGCGGAGCGGGCCGAGCGGGCCGAGCCAGCAGCCGAGCUGGGGGCGCGGGCGGGCGGCAUGUACCGGGCCCGGGCGGCGCGGGCGGGGCCGGAGCCCGGCAGCCCGGGGCGCUUUGGGAUCCUCAGCACCGGGCAGCUCCGGGACCUGCUUCAGGAUGAGCCCAAGCUGGACCGGAUCGUGCGGCUCAGCAGGAAGUUCCAAGGCCUGCAGCUGGAGCGCGAGGCAUGCCUGGCUUCCAACUACGCGCUAGCCAAGGAGAAUCUGGCGCUGCGUCCCCGCCUGGAGAUGGGCCGCACUGCCCUGGCCAUCAAGUACCAGGAGCUCCGGGAGGUGGCCGAGAGCUGUGCAGACAAGCUGCAGCGCCUGGAGGAGAGCAUGCACCGCUGGAGCCCCCACUGUGCGCUGGGCUGGCUGCAGGCUGAGCUGGAAGAAGCUGAGCAGGAGGCUGAGGAGCAGAUGGAGCAGCUGCUGCUGGGAGAGCAGAGCCUGGAGGCCUUCCUGCCUGCCUUCCAGCGAGGCCGGGCCCUGGCCCACCUGAGGCGGACCCAGGCGGAGAAGCUGCAGGAGCUGCUGCGGCGCCGGGAGCGGUCGGGGCAGCCGGCCCCCACGGCUGCCGCAGAGCCCCCCAAGUCCUUCCCUGCUGCUGCAGUCCUGCCCACCGGGGCUGCCCGGGGGCCGCCGGCAGCGCCCCGGAGCCUGCCCCCCUUGGACUCCCGCCCAGUGCCCCCACUGAAGGGCUCCCCCGGGUGCCCCCUGGGCCCAGCCCCUCUGCUGAGCCCUCGGCCCUCGCAGCCAGAGCCCCCCCACCGGUAGGAUCCAGGGUAUGGCCCCCCCAUGGGGGGCCCAGACAAACUUGAUGCGUGGCUCCUCCUCCUCCCCCACUGCCUGGGUGGGGGGAGGGGCAGGCCCCUCCCCCUGGCCCUAGGCAGGCCCUGGCCCUGGAGGCUGAGCUGGGGAGGAGGGUCCACUGGGAGAUGCCCAGAGAGAGGGCUGGGGGUGGGGUGGGCAGGGUCUGAUGCCUCUGGCGCUGAGGAAUCUCUGCCUUUUUUUUCUCCCCAGCUGGGGCCUCCCGGGUGAUGGGCCAGCCCCAGUGCAAGAACUUGACUCAUGGGGGCCUGGGAAGUUGCCCGCUUCCCUCAAGGGGCCCUGCCUAGGGGCCCUACCGCCCCUGCCCCUCCACUGGGCUCGCACAACGCCAUGGCUGACCGGAGUGUUUUCCAUCAUGUCCUCAGCCUACCUUUCCCCCAGUGCUGGGGUCCACCACCUAGGAGCCGGGGGGUCAGGCCCCAGUGGCGGGGGCAGGGACACCAUGGCUAUGGGGCUACUACUACCUGCCCCGCUCAGGCUCCAGACCCUGGGGCGAGGUAGGCCAGGGGUUUCUGACCUGCAGGGGUGAGAGUGGGCCAUCCCCGGAAAGACCAUUCUGUAUUUUUCUGUCCCGUCUCCUUAGAAUGGAAGCUUUUUGAGGGCAGGUCCUUGUCUUUGUAUGUUCUGUCCCCAGCCCCGCCUCCCAGGGGCCGUCAAUAAAUGUGAUGAUGAGGAUGA